UAAUGAUUUAUGAUUAGGAGAGGCAAAACGGAUUGAGAGGUAGAUAUUUUCUUGGUAUUUAACACAUGAUGUUUUCUUAAUUUCCUACUUGGCUUCUUGCCUCUAGUUGUGCUUUAAUGGCUUAAAUUCUUAAAUAUUUUGUUAGAAUGAAAAAUCAGUUUAAUUAAGCUUAUUUAUAGUUUGGGCCUUUGGGGUAAUGUAAUUAAGCUCAUUUUGUUGAAAAUAUGAUGCUUCUAGCUUGCUCCACUGUUUCAAAGUCUGUUGUCUCCAAAACAUUAUGAGUCGAAUCAUCAAGAUAGAAGAUGACGAUUGGAGCUGGAAUCAAUGUUACGGCGGAUAAGAAGCUGGUGGUGUUUGGGAAUGAAGUGCUCUCCAAUAUUCAUCACAACAUCUUUUUAACUCAUCAUCACUCUGCCGGAGAUUCUUCUGCUGCCGGAGCUUUCAUCGGCGUUUCUUCCAAUUGUCCAGGAAGCCGUCAUGUCUUCCCCGUCGGCAACCUCCUGGGGUUGCGCUUUAUGUGUGUAUUCAGAUUCAAAUUGUGGUGGAUGACUCAGAGAAUGGGUGAUUGUGGAAGAGACAUUCCUUUUGAAACUCAAUUUCUGAUGGUGGAAGCCAAUAACAAAACCUAUGCUGUGUUUUUGCCCAUUAUUGAACCUAAUUUUAGAGCUGUGCUCCAAGGGAACGCCCAAGACGAGCUCCAAAUAUGCCUUGAAAGUGGGUGUCCUCAGGUUCAAAAUUUUGAUGGGACUCAUCUGCUCUAUGUGGCUGCUGGUUCUGACCCUUUUGAUGUCGUCUCCAACGCUGUCAAGAGUGUAGAGAGACAUCUUCAGACAUUCUGUCAUCGCGAAAGAAAAAAGAUGCCAGAUAUUCUCAACUGGUUUGGCUGGUGUACUUGGGAUGCAUUUUACACCAAUGUUACCUCACAAGGAGUCAAGGAAGGAUUACAAAGUUUCGAAAAGGGUGGAGUUUCUCUAAAGUUUAUUAUCAUUGAUGACGGAUGGUAAUCGGUAGCCAUGGAUUCCGAAAGUGUUCCAUGUGAAGAAGAUAAUUGUGCCAAUUUUGCUAAUAGGCUGACUAAUAUCAAGGAGAAUCACAAAUUCCAGAAGAAUGGUAAAGAAGGAUCUAGAGUGGAGGAUGGCUUCCGUGACAUUAUAACUGAGAUUAAAGAAGAUCAUGCAAUUAAGUAUGUUUAUGUGUGGCAUGCAAUAACAGGGUACUGGGGAGGUGUUAAACCUGAUGUUGCUGAUAUGGAACAUUACGAACCCAAGUUAGCCUACCCAAAAACAUCCCCAGGUGUUCAAUCAAAUGAGCAUGUGGAUUAUCCGGAUAAUUCCUUGGUAACCAUGAUGAAAAAUGGACUUGGGCUUAUGAAUCCUGAAAAGGUUUUCAGCUUCUAUGAUGAGCUUCACUCAUACCUUGCCUCAGCUGGUAUUGAUGGGGUGAAGGUUGACGUCCAAAGUGUCCUUGAAACACUUGGUGCUGGGCAUGGUGGAAGAGUCAGUCUAUCUAGAAAAUAUCACAGGGCCUUAGAGACUUCAAUUAGCAAGAAUUUCCCCGAUAAUGGAAUAAUAUCUUGCAUGAGCCACAACACUGAUGGCUUAUACAGUGCCAAGCGGGCUGCAAUUAUUAGAGCAUCUGAUGAUUUCUGGCCAAGAGAUCCAGCAUCACAUACCAUCCACGUUGCUUCAGUUGCAUACAAUACAGUUUUCCUUGGAGAGUUUAUGCAGCCAGACUGGGAUAUGUUUCAUAGCUUGCACCCUAUGGCUGAAUACCAUGGAGCAGCUCGUGCAGUCGGUGGUUGUGCAAUCUAUGUUAGUGACAAACCUGGACACCAUGAUUUUGAUUUACUGAGAAAGCUUGUACUUCCUGAUGGUUCUAUAUUGAGGGCCAAACUGCCUGGCAGACCCACCAGGGAUAGCUUGUUCACUGAUCCUACUAGAGACGGUAAAAGUCUUCUGAAAAUAUGGAACAUGAAUGAUUACACUGGGGUGAUUGGGGCUUUCAACUGCCAAGGAGCUGGCUGGUGUAAGGAUGGAAAGAGAAAUGUAGUCCACGACGAACAACCUGAUGCAGUUACUGAUGUCAUUAGAGCUCGUGAUGUAAAUUAUCUUAAUAAGAUUGUUGAUGCUGGAUGGAAUGGAGAUUGUGUUGUAUAUAGUCAUCUUAGAGGAGAGGUUGUUUAUCUUCCUGAAAAUGCAUCACUUCCUGUCACAUUGAAGGCCAAAGAAUAUGAAGUUUUCACAGUGGUUCCUGCAAAGCAGCUGUCAAAUGGUGUCAUUUUUGCCCCAAUUGGGCUGACUAAAAUGUUUAACUCUGGAGGUGCAGUUAAGGCCUUACAGUAUGAGGCAGAAGGAAACGCUGUUAUUAGCCUGAAAGUUCGCGGUUGUGGUGCAUUUGGGGCAUAUUCCUCAAUCCCACCAAAGAAGAUUUGCGUAGAUGAUGAAGAAAUAGAUUUUGAUUACGAGAAGGCCUCUGGGUUACUGACCUUAACAUUAAGAACUCCUGAAAAGGAAUUGUACCUCUGGAAUAUCAGAAUUGAAUUGUAAACGAAAAAAUAUGAAAAAUUUAUGUACUCAGCAUUACAUACACGACGGGAGAUCUUCAUGUUGCUCCUGGGAAAUCAGUUUUCCACGAAAAAAAAUUGGAUGAUGAGAUCUAAUCAGCUAAAACUUUGUUGUGGAUGCUGCUAGAUUAUGCAAUGGACGAUGAAUUUCUUCAAGGACAGCAUCAGGUUAGAUUAUAAUGCCAGGUUCAAUAAGUUGCAACAUCUGCUAGUUAGGUAAUUGGUAUGAAGCAAACCCUAUUUGCUACUAGAUCGAUCAAAGGGUCAAUUCAAGAAAUCAUUGUACAUCGAAUUUGCCUGAGUUAUUAUACGAGUAACUUGUUCUUGUUGUUCUUAAUCUUUCCGAUUCUGACAUGAUCUAAACCUUGCAUAGAAGAGUGUAUGCACAUCUUAUUUGCAUCUUAAUAGCUAGAAGGAUAUUUUACAGUGUUCCCUGGAAUUGAAAAUAAAUACUGAAGUGAGGGUAUUUUUCCGUUAA